AUGGAAGCCGUUGCGGCCUCGGCGAAGCCCACACUCCGCGUGGCCGCUCUCAGCGGCUCCCUCCGCAACAACUCGUGGCAUCACGGCCUCAUCCGCGCCGCCGAGGAGCUGUGCGAGGAGUGCAUUCCAGGGCUGCGCAUCGACCACGUCGACAUCUCCGGCCUGCCCAUGGCCAACCCGGACCUCGAGACCGACGGUGGCGACGGUUUCCCGCCGGCCGUGGAGGCGUUCCGCGACAGGGUCAGCGCCGCGGACUGCUUCCUCUUCGCCUCGCCCGAGUACAACUACUCCGUCAACGGCUCGCUCAAGAACGCGCUGGACUGGGCAUCGAGGGGCACACACAAAUGCUGGGCUGACAAGGCAGCGGCGAUCAUCUGCGCGGGGGGCGACUUCGGCGGGGGCAGGGCGUCGCUCCACUUGCGCGAGAUCGGGAUAUACCUGGACCUGCACUUCAUCAACAAGCCGGAGCUCCACAUCAGGGCGUACGAGGACCCGCCCAAGUUCGACGACAAGGGGAACCUCAUCGACGCCCAAGCCAAGGACCGGCUCAGGAAGGUGCUCCUCUCGCUGCAGGCAUUCGCGCUCAGGCUCCAACGCAAAGAGAAUUGACUGAAGAUCGAACAAAUUUGGCACAAUAGCAACCUACCUAAUCUGCAUUUCCGUUGAGGUGAUAAACGCUUUGGGCUGUGGCCUUUGGGUAUUACACACGUGUUCGUUAGUCUAAGCACUUUUUACUUUGUAUUCGUGUACUCGCGUUUUGUAAUUCCGUAAAAAAAAUGUAAUAAAUUCAUCUUCGAGA